UAGGGAAAGGGGAUCGGGGACUGACAACUACCUCCGUUUAGCUGCAAUGUUUAGCCGCGGAGGAUUUACCAUCACACGAACACGUGCUGGGUUUUAUUGGGAAUCAUUUUGUGUUUAAGCGGAACCGACGGAACCGACGCUCUUUCUGUUGUCUGCAGACAGACAGCGUUGUGUUCUGUUGUGUGUCGUUGUGUAGAUGUGGAGUUUCGCGGUUCCUCGUCUGAGCUGCAUCUCUGUCAGGAACCUGUUCACCAUGAGACUGAAGAGCCGAGACUUCCAGGUGUUGUUCACGGAGGGACUGAACGGACUCGCAGAGCUGUUUGACAAACACCAGUACGAGCUCCGGAUCGCCGGGGGAGCGGUCCGGGAUCUACUGUCCGGAAGGCGUCCGGAAGACGUGGAUUUUGCCACAACAGCGACUCCAGAGCAGAUGAAGAGUAUUUUUCAGUCGGCCGGGAUCAGGAUGAUCAACAACAAAGGAGAGAAGCACGGGACCAUCACGGCACGACUGCACAAUGAAACCUUUGAGGUGACAACGCUGCGCGUGGACGUGCAGACGGACGGCCGCCAUGCAGAGGUGGAGUUCACCACCGACUGGCAGAAGGACGCCGAGCGCCGAGACCUGACCAUCAACUCCAUGUUUUUAGGACUAGACGGAACCUUAUACGACUACUUCAGUGGAUAUGAAGACCUGCAGAACCACCGAGUCCGGUUUGUGGGGAGGGCCGAGCAGAGGAUCCAGGAGGAUUACCUGAGGAUCCUGCGUUACUUCAGGUUCUAUGGCCGAGUGGCUCUGAAACCGCACGAGCACGAGCCGCAGACUCUGGCUGCCAUCAAGAAGCACGGUCACGGACUAUCUCUGAUAUCUGGAGAGAGGAUCUGGGCGGAGCUAAAAAAGAUCGUGGUCGGUCAUCAUGCUGCUGACCUUCUGGAGUUGAUCUAUAACAUGGAGCUGGCUCAAUACAUCGGUUUGCCUCCAGGCGGAGAUGUUGACAGUAUGAAAGAAGUCUGGAAGAAGUCCAGAAGCCUCUCUCCGAAGCCGGUCACCAUCCUGGCUGCUCUCCUCCGCUGCCCAGAAGACGUGGAAAAGAUGGACGUCCGUCUGAAAAUGUCCCGAGAGGAGAAAAACCUGGCUCUGUUCCUCGUCAGACAAAGACGGGACCUCUGCAGGGACCACGGCGAGCCGGAUGGCCUCCGACCUUUCACCGACUUCAUCAUUGAUAGCCGGGAUCCAGACACUCAGAGUAAAGUGUGUGAACUGCUAAAGUAUCAAGGAGAGGAGGAGCUUCUGUCAGAACUGAGCUGCUGGUCCAGUCCUCGCUUCCCGCUCAGCGGCCACGAUCUCAGGAAGAUCGGGAUCACCUCCGGGAAAGACAUCGGAGCGACCUUACUGAGGCUGCGGGACAUCUGGAAGAAAAGUCACUACAAGAUGGACAAAGAGGAGCUCCUGUCCCAUAUCAAACUUUAAUCCUUCAGAUGGAGCAUCUGCAGCUGUUUCAAUGGAACGUGGACGGAAUGACGGAUCUGAUCUGGAGAUCCAGAGAGAUCUCGGAGAUUUACAUAAAGACUAUGCAGUUUUGGCCUUCUGUUUAUUUGAAUAAUUUAAUUUAGUUCUGGUGCUUAAUCAACUAAAAGUUUAUUUAAAAGCAAUUUAAGUGUAUUCUGUCAUCAUUGUGCAGUUCAUUAAAGUUCUCUUAAACAGCUGAAA